UGAUAAAAAUCAAAAGUGCGCGUGCUGUCAAAGUGUGGAAUUCGUUUGCGCUGUUGCAGAAUCUCAAUUAUCCGGCGUGCGUUCAGAAGUUCAAGCAUAUUUUCCGACAUUGCUGGUCAGCCGUACAGCGGGUGCAGCACUUGAUUGAGUGCUGAUAGCUGGAUAGUGUUACAGAAGCUGCUGAUAGCAGGCACAAGCAUAGAAAGUGAGUUGCGGACCAUUAUUUUCACAUGGCAGCGGUCGUACGUGUGAAGCGUCGAAUAGACGAGGAACCGCUCGGGGCAUUUAUAAUAAACUGCAAAAAACCAAAACUCAAUGAACAGGACUCCGAGUCCCUGCUGGCAUCCAAGGAUGAAGUCUCAACGAUUGUGAAAUUCGCCGGAACCCUAGAGUCACAGGAUGAAGAAGCCACUUUGCAAGUGGCAAAACUAACAAAAGACGAGGCCAAGGAAUUGGUCUCGAAAGUGCACAAACAUCCCAACGCACUGGACCGGAAUCGACAACAAAUGCGCGAAAGAGCACAUGAGAAUCGAUUUAAAGUGGUGAAUUGCUACCGCGCGAUAGAGAGCAGUCAAAGUGCUGGCGACUCAAAAGAAGUGACUAUCGUGGACGUAGAGAAACAAACCUCGGAAUCCCUGGUGAGCAGUAGUCAGGAGGGAGCUUCUGUGGAGGCAACACAAACAAGCUCUACGUCGAGUACAGCAUCGACAUCAGACCCGUCGGGCGUCUCACAGAACGGGCAACCACAUAACUAUGUCUACGACCUGUACUUGGCCGACGAGGCGGAUCAAUAUGUGGAAAAUGCAAAUUUGGCUGAUAAUUAUCUCAGCGUUCGUCCAUUUGAAAAUCUUGUUUAUGAGGAUUACAAUGACGAUUAUUACGAUGAGUACGACUCAGAAGAUUCAAAUCAAGAGAACUAUUUCAAAAACGAUUAUCCUGACACAGAAGAAGAAGAUGAUAUGACCGUUGAAAAUAUGAGGCAAGCUAUGGAAGAUGCAGAUUUAGAUGAUCUAUCCAGUGAUGAUGAAGAGAAUUGUAGGAAUGGAUUCGUAUAUUCAAUCGAUUCAGAUGCAAUAGGAUUCGAAGAUGAUAUCGACUAUUGUGAUGUGAAUCGCUACGGAGAAACAUAUGCUCGAUAUAGAGGACGAUCAAAAAGACGUCCUGAGGCCAUUUACAACGAUAAUGAGAGCGACUAUAGCGAUUAUCGUAACUCGGACGAUGAUGAAUGAAAUAUAUAAGUCUGAUUUUUGUUGUGAUGAAUUUUACUUAGAUAGUGAUAGUUUUGUGCUUAUUUACAUGAAUUUAAAUCGUAAAUAUGAAGUUUCGAAAUAAAAAUGCGAAAAUAUCCGAAUUGCUAAUUUGAUUGAAGUUCCUACAUGUA